CGCCGCGACACUGCACGGUCCAGUCCGCAGUCCGCAGAUCCCGGGCGCUUGCUGCUCUCUGGCGGCGGGAGUCGGGAGUCCGGAGUCCAGGAACCGGGAAAUCGCGCCUUCUAAGCUCCGCGCGUCCAAGGGCAAGCAGUGAGUGACCCGGAGACUGGAGAGAGGGAGCGAAGAAGAUGGACGCGGCCGAGGGCUGAGGGCAAAGGGGGAGGGGGUCCAGAAGAGGAGCCGGAGAGAACCCGAAGGGAACAGCGAGGGCAGAGAGCUCUUGUGGCACCAGCGGUGAGGCGUAGGUGGCGAAGCACAGGAGCCGGAGCGCUUGCCAGCACAGCAACCCCUCCGGACCUCCGCACACGCGGUCUCCUGGAGUCCAGAGCCCCUUCUCCCAGGGAGCUCGGCGCCCCCUCUCUCCGCGCCGGCCGCCCCCUCCUCCCUCCACGCGCUGCCCCUCCUCCGUCCCGCCCCCCGCGCGGAGUUGGGAGCGCCGCAGUGGCCACUGCCUGCACCGCCGGGUCCCGGAGCCGCCGCUUUGCCCGAAUCGCCUGGGCAAGCUCAGAGAGCAGCGCGAGUCACCCGCCCAGACUCUUUGGUCCAACUCCACGGCCGGCCUCGGGGAGCCCCGUUCGCCUCCGGGCCUGGCAUUCCGCUCUCCCGCUGCCACGCUACGCAUCACAGGAACUUGGGCAGGACCCAGACGGGACUCGCGCGCGGGGCUGAUCCCGGAGCCCUGCGGCUAUGCCCUCCGGCCCCCUCCCUGCCAGUCGCUGGUCCUGCAUCUCGGCAAGGCACCCGACGGCUGCGCGUUGAGAUGACUUUCCGCGACCUCCUUAGCGUCACUUUCGAGGGACCCCGCCCGGACAGCAGCGCCGGGGGCUCCAGUGCGGGUGGCGGCGGGGGCGGCACAGGCGGCGCUACUGCCUCGGAGGCCCCAGCGGUGGGCAGCGUUCCGGGGGCCACGGGCGGCAGCAGCGGCGUGGUGGGAGCGGGCGGCAGCGAGGACAACCAAAGCUCCGCGGGGGAGCCGGGGGGCACGGGCGCGGGUGGCGAGGUGAAUGGCACAGCGGCCGUCGGGGGGCUUGUUGUGAGUGCGCAGGGAGUGGGUGUGGGUGUCUUUCUGGCAGCCUUCAUCCUCACCGCUGUAGCGGGCAACCUGCUUGUCAUCCUCUCGGUGGCCUGCAACCGCCACCUGCAGACGGUCACCAACUAUUUCAUAGUGAACCUAGCUGUAGCCGACCUGCUGCUGAGCGCCACCGUUCUGCCCUUCUCCGCCACUAUGGAGGUUCUGGGCUUCUGGGCCUUCGGUCGGGCCUUCUGCGACGUGUGGGCCGCCGUGGACGUGCUGUGCUGCACGGCCUCCAUCCUUAGCCUCUGCACCAUCUCGGUGGAUCGGUAUGUGGGCGUGCGACACUCACUCAAGUACCCCGCGAUCAUGACAGAGCGCAAGGCGGCCGCCAUCCUGGCGCUGCUCUGGGCCGUAGCCCUCGUCGUGUCUGUGGGGCCUCUGCUGGGCUGGAAGGAGCCGGUGCCCCCGGACGAGCGCUUUUGCGGCAUCACGGAGGAGGCAGGCUAUGCCGUCUUUUCUUCGGUGUGCUCCUUCUAUCUGCCCAUGGCAGUCAUCGUGGUCAUGUACUGCCGCGUCUACGUGGUCGCGCGCAGCACCACGCGCAGCCUCGAGGCGGGCGUCAAGCGUGAGCGGGGAAAGGCCUCAGAGGUGGUGCUGCGUAUCCACUGUCGUGGUGCGGCCACCGGCGCAGACGGGGCGCAUGGGACUCGGAGUACCAAGGGCCACACCUUCCGCAGCUCGCUAUCCGUUCGCCUGCUCAAGUUCUCCCGCGAGAAGAAGGCAGCCAAGACGCUAGCCAUCGUUGUGGGUGUCUUCGUGCUCUGCUGGUUCCCCUUCUUCUUCGUCCUGCCCUUGGGCUCCCUGUUCCCGCAGCUGAAGCCAUCGGAGGGAGUCUUCAAGGUUAUCUUCUGGCUCGGCUACUUCAACAGCUGCGUGAACCCGCUCAUCUACCCCUGCUCCAGCCGCGAGUUCAAGCGCGCCUUCCUCCGCCUCCUGCGCUGCCAGUGCCGCCGCCGCCGACGCCGUCGUCCCCUCUGGCGCGUCUACGGCCACCACUGGAGGGCUUCGACCAGUGGCCCGCGCCCCGAUGGCUCCCCCAGCCCGAGUGCCGCGCCCCCCGGAGCGCCGCUGGCUCUCAUAGCGCCCCCAGCUCCUGACUGCUCAGGCACGGACGAGGUGCAGGCUCCAGGCUCUAGCCGUCGAAAGCCGUCCUGCGCCUUUCGCGAGUGGAGGCUGCUCGGGCCGUUGCGGAGGCCCACCACCCAGCUGCGGGCCAAGGUCUCCAGCCUGUCACAAAAGAUCCGCACCGGGGGCGCGCAACACGCAGAGGCCGCGUGUGCCCUGCGGUCGGAAGUGGAAGCUGUGUCCCUAGGCGUUCCCCAAGAUGUGGCGGAGGGCGCCACCUGCCAGGCCUAUGACUUGGCCGACUACAGCAACCUCCGGGAGACUGAUAUUUAAGGACCCCCAAGCUAGACUGGGGAAUGUGCUGAGGGUGGGAGUAGGGGCUUUGUGGGGAGGGAGGCUGGGUUUGUUGGCGAGGCCUGGGUGGAUCAAGGACUCAAAAAAUGUUCAGGUUGGGUGCUUCUGUGGCAUCCCAGAGCAAGCAGGGCUGGAGCCCUUGAAGGGUGGGGAGUUAUGGGGCCCCCUGCUGGACACAGGUGCGCAGAGCUCUUUUCCUAGGAGGGAGGGGCUGCAUAUCUGUGAUGCCAUUCGCACCCAAUUCCUGUUUUAUAAACUAACAGCCCCACCUGCCCUGCCCUGACUUGAGUAGGCAGCCUCAACUAUGGCCAGGCAAGCCCGUUCCUCCUCUUCGAGAGGAAGAGGCACCAAGGUCUUGCGUGACUGCCCCCAGGGGAAAGGACAAUGGGGUCAGGGCUCCUGGAUGGGCAAUUUCUCCUUAACUGCCUACUGGCGGGACCCAGUGAACCUACCACCACUGCUGGCAAGCUUUGGUGGCAUAUUGGAUGACUGUCAUACAAACCCGUUGUGUUUUGCCCUGGAACCACUACCCCCUCCACACGCUCCUACACUGGUCCAUUGCACACCCAUCACCUGGCUCUGCCCCUCAUUACUUCCCUUCAAGGGCCUUACUGUUUACACUCUGUACAUAGCUCAUUGUGCCUGUGCCCAUCACUUCUUGCUGGGAUUCUAAGCUGCCAACUGGGGAGAGCUUUAUUUGUCAUUUUGAAACAUAUUUAUUGGUAAGAGUACUUAUAUUUUGUCCAAAUUGUGCAAACUUUAGCCUAUAAUCCAUAAAGAAUUUUUUUCUAAAAUCCUUAGAAAUCCUUAGGUGCACAACAAGAUAGACUAGGUAUCUAUUUAUCUCUCUAGUUUCAACUCAACUGUCUCUUUAAUUGAUGACUACUGUCCUUUGGGUCUUUUAGCAUGACCAAAGGACUUGGGAGUUUUAUUGGCUUUUAAAAUUCACAUGAUUAAUCCUGGUAACCAAAUUGUAAUCAUAAGCACAAAUUUUCCCCUGAUGCAUCCCUGAUGCUUUGAGGGCCUCAGUGAGAAAGGUGGUCAUCAGUUAAAUGGGUAAAAAAAAUUGCUUUAUAUAAAAAGAUAUACAAGCCCACGUAGACAGGUAUACAUGGUUAGGAAGAAAACCCAUACCUAGCAUCAGCUGUUUGUUAGCUUUAAGUAAAAUCUCAUAUUCCCAUGGAUUGUAGGAAGUUCAGUCUUCAGCUAGAUAAUACCAACCACAUUUAUCCAACCAGCAUCAGAGUGAUGAUUGUGGCCAGUGAACCCUUGAAAGGAGCAAUGGUUAAACAUCACCCUGGGGUGCCUGGGAUUAUUCUGAAACUAGAAAAGUCACUGCUGAGCCUACAUGGACCAAUAUUGUGUGCCGGAAGUCUCUAUCUUGUACAAGGGAGGUAGUCUAUUCGAAAGGUCACCACAAUUUCAAGCCUUUGACAUCCCCUUUACAAGGUAAAAAGGCAGCCAACAGCAGGACUUGGAAGCAGAUAUUUCACAUGGUUGGUCUAUAAAAAGAUCUAGGCUUGCAGACCUGACCUUCCCAAACCCCCAGGCACAGGAAGGGCAGUUCAUAGCCAGUGCUGGGAGUAUAGUGCAUACUUUGCACAUAUUGCCACUGUAAAGCUGGGAGGCAUCCCUUGCUGUCUUCUCACAGAGGUAGGAGCAAUCUUUCAAAUCAGGGGUUGGAGAAGAGGCAGAACCCAGUGUCAAAUGACUGAACAUUGGCUUCAUGCACAGUGGUAAACAGAGUUCUGAGCAAGGUAAAUGCUGGCUCCCACACUCCAGGCUAGUUGAAUCCACAAGAGGUCAACAAUGAGGGCAAGAGAACAGAAUGGGAAGGAGGAUUUGGGGGGCCUCCCAGCCCUAUAUACCCCAAUGGAAGUGGAGGCAGGAAGAACUGAGGUCUUGCUCGGUACUUGUUCCAGGUGUGAUGAUCACCUGCAAAACAGUUCUUAGGUUCAAGCUUCAGCCCUGUCUCCUGGGCACAGCAGCCAUUUGCACCCAGCUGCCUCCUCCUGUACCCUCACACCAGCUACCAAGCCCACCAGAGGUGCAGGAGGGCUGCAGAGCCCCAGCGAGACCAUGCCAUAUAGCAGAGGCAUCCAGGGAUCUUGCUCUAAAAGCCAAUAGAAUGCUGCCACUGACCUUGCUCUUGGGACAUGUCAGAGGGUCAGAGAAUAGGCAAAAGGAAUGAAAGGAAUACCAACGCCCUUGUGGAAGAGGGAGUGUUGCGAGUGAUUUGGGAAUGCCUGGAAGAAAUGCAUUCGCAGCACCAUCUCCUGGGUCCCCAGGUGCCUCGGUCCCCCAGUUGGGACCUUAUGACUGAUUAGAGAGACUGUCCUGGGGCUGCACAUAAAAGAGGGUUAUUGCCUUGAGGGAAUUUCCUUUACGUGUGCUUCAAGGAUGGAUGAAGUCUGAAGGAAUCAGUGAGUGGGAAAGGGAUGAUCCUGUGAGAUGUGAUAGGGACAGAAGCAAGCUUCCAGGGACAAUGGCAUUUGCCUAAGUCCACCUCCCCUAUCCUUAGAAAGCUUCAUUCUUGCUUCCCAAGGGACGGAAGCUGCAGUCUGCCCUCCCUCUCUAGCAGGCUCCUGCCACCCACCUUGCCUUUCUUCUCACACUCUUCCAGGACCAGGGCUGCUUUUGCAAGUCACCUGGGACAGUUCCUUUCUCUGCUCUCCUCCACUAUGACUCUGCCACAGUCCAUGUUGAUGGCUGCACCAUG